AUGUCAACAAGCGGUUGGUUUUACAUUCGAUCUACAAGCACAGGCAAUGUUGUCGCUGCUUCUGCAAAUACUGAACAAGAUUUACUUCGCUCACAAGUUAUUGUAACUCCACCUACAUUAUCUGAUCAUGAACUUUGGUGUUGGAAGGGUCAAUUUUUAUGUAACAAAGCAAACGACCUUGUGCUUGACAUCAGAAAAGGCAGAUUGAGAUUGAUUGAAGACACAGAAAUCUGUUUAUAUACACCCAAACCAUUGGAGGAUGCUCACAAUCAGCUUUGGAGUGUCCGAGAAGAUGCUGUUGAUGCCUACGGUCGACCAUUGCCAGGAUCUUACAUUUACUCGCUUUGCAGCAAUGAAUGGGUUCUUGAUGUGCAGCCUACAGAUCAAGGUGUUCAAAAAUUAGUGUUGUUUCCUUUGCAGCCCAUUGACAAUGACAAUCAGCGUUGGAUUUUUGUGAAAGAAGGUCAAUUGGAUCUCAAUGUGUCCAUCAAAGACUCAUUGUCCAUGGCAGCAAAAAAUAACAGCAAUAGUUCUUACUUUUCAAUGUCGGAAUCACUCAUUACACCCCCUGGCUCUGUAUCCUCUUCACCUGAUUAUCCCACCGCGGCCAAUGAGGAAUAUCUUCAGGGCCUAACUCCUGCAAAACGUGGAUCACAGUCGGCUAUCUUCUCAAUGGAAUCAUUCAAGGACUAUUACACUCGAGUUUAUGCAGCAAAAGAAGCCAAUAUUAGUGACAAAGGCAUUGCCAUGGCUUCUGCGUAUCGAGUCUUUCAAGAUUGGAAAUUAGAUCAGAUCAGUAAUGAUAUCAUGACUGGCUUUCCUCUCUCAUCUUCUAAUGAAGUACGUUCUCGACUUCAGAUCUUGACACAAAAUGAGGUUUCCAAACUAUUAUCAAAUGGCGACAUGUACCCUAAUAACAAUAAGGAAAACACCAGCAACAUCUCCAGCCGUCUCAUCACACAGCUCUAUGAUCAAACGCCCAUCUCACCUUAA